GCCCUCGCUGCCUGGCGGCCGGGGGAGGAGGGAGCGGGAGGGGGCCGGGGGCGCAGGCAGCCCCUGGCACUGCUGACGUGCUGCCGGGGACGGGCCGGGCUCCGGGGGAACGCGGGCUGCCGGAGAGACGGGCACGGCUGCGGCUCCUGCUGCAGCCGCCUCCCUCCGUGCCUCCUCCGUGCCUCCCUCCCUCCCUCCGUGCCGCCUCCUCCUCCGCCGGCACAGCCGCGGCUCUCUCCUUUGCUCCCCCGGCACUCGGCGAGGCGGAGGGGAUGGCGGGGGUCGCUGCCCGGCUGCUCGGGGCGCUGUGCCUCGCCGCCUGCCUGCCCCCGGCGCUCGGGAGGGACGCCGGAGCGCAGUGGACCCUGGAGAAGUAUUCUCACCAACCAAGAAUUUUAGGUUCUGAUGCUAUUCAAAAAGUUGUGGCCAACACAGAUAUUUCUGAAAUGUGGGAGAAUGAUUUGCGCCCUAUCCUGAUAGAAAGAUACCCAGGAUCACAAGGAAGUUACAUCGUGCAACAGCAUAUCAAGAACCGUCUUCAAACAUUAAAGGCUGGUUGGGAAAUUGAAGAAGAUACAUUUCAGAGAUACACACCAUAUGGCUAUAAAACAUUUACAAAUAUUAUUGGCACUCUGGAGCCCUCUGCAAAACGCCAUCUUGUACUUGCUUGCCACUACGACUCAAAAUUCUUUGGACAACAAUGGCAGGGCAGAGUGUUUGUGGGAGCAACUGAUUCAGCUGUGCCUUGUGCUAUGAUGCUGGAGCUGGCACGGGCCCUGGAUAACGAGCUUCAGUUAAUCAAGGCCAGCUCAACAUCAAGACCAGACCUUUCACUUCAGCUCAUUUUUUUUGAUGGUGAAGAAGCCUUUGUUCGAUGGUCCCCUUCCGAUUCCCUCUAUGGAUCUCAACACUUAGCUCAAAAAAUGGUAUCAACUCCACACCCACCUGGUUCAACAACCACAAACCAGCUGCAGGGCAUAGACCUGUUUGUACUACUGGAUUUAAUUGGUGCACCAAACCCAGUCUUCCCCAAUUAUUUUCCAAACACUCUUCGAUGGUUUCAGAGGCUUCAAGCAAUUGAGCAAAAGCUACACAACAUGAAUCUGCUGAAGAAUCACCCUAUUGAAAAUCAGUAUUUCCACAGUACUUCACAUCGAGGCUUGGUUGAAGAUGAUCACGUUCCAUUUUUGCUAAGAGGGGUUCCAGUCCUGCAUCUGAUUCCAUCCCCUUUUCCUGCAGUAUGGCAUACCAUGAGGGACACAGAAGAAAACCUUGACAAAGCCACUAUUGAAAAUCUCAACAAAAUCCUGCAAGUGUUUGUACUGGAAUAUCUCAACCUAUGAAAGACAAAACAUCAACAAAUUGUACUCCAUUCACACUACUGUUUGCCCACCUUCACCCCUGCUAUUUAAUUGCACUGGAGAGUACCAAGGUGAAGAAAAAUGUGAUAGCUCUUGCUAGACUGAUUAUUGAUUGAGCUGUUUGUGGCCCAUUGAUCCAGUAGCCAAAUAAGAUACCAUUAAAUAAGACCUAGCUCAGCCUGGAAAGAGUUUGAUCUUUCCAUGUUUUGUGUCUGAAUAAAAAAACUCCAGAAUCUUUC